AUGGAUUGGGGCAAGCUUGACGACACUCAAAGACAGCCAUGGACUCCUGAGGUGGUCGUGGAUGCACGACAGCACGUAAAGUUGUUAACGGGGAUAGACGGGGAGAUGUUUCCGGGGAACCAUCCAACAACAACGAAGCUAUCCAGAAUCCGGAAUAAGCGUCAAGUUUACCCCAAGGAGAUGGCUCAACUUCUCCGGGAGUCAAACGUUGGAAACAUCGAUGCCCGGCAAAUCGUCAACAUUAGUCGUGAUGGCGCAAUUAAGAGCAUCCAUAGAGAAGUGGCGUGCCUUGACAUGCUCACCUAG